AUGGUCAGCAGAAAGGAGGCGGCUGCGGCUUUCACCGCUGCCGCGAAGGCGCUGGACGUGCGCGGGAAGGAGCUCGGCGACUUGUGCUUCGCCCUGUCCAAACUAUCGGUGGAGGAGCUCGAGGUGUUUCCGAUAGACGGUGACAACGAGGCAAUUGUUGAGUUCAUGAGGUCCGUGAAAGCCUCGGCGGCUGGCCUCGGCAUGGGGAGCGCGGCUGGAGCUGGUGGCACUGGCCCGCCUCGCACUGGCCCAGGCGGCAUUGGCGCGAGCGGCUCUGCUUCCCAAGUCGAAAGCAUGUCCAUAAGCAAGGUCAGCGCGCGCCACUUGCAGCGCAUCUCGAGUGCCUUGGGGAUGAAGCAGUUUGAGGCAGUGUCAGAGCCGCCUCUCAGUGCGCAGCCAGUGCUAGGCACCGAGUCAUUCAACUGGACCACCUGCUCGGAGAGCAACACUGCACAGCGCGCUGCGGCCAUCACUUGGAUGAAGGACAACAUCCCUGCACCGCCCAAGCACGAGUGGAUCGACUGUGUCGGCCAGCAGCACAUGCUGGACUGCCGCCUGGUGGGCACCGACCUGCUGGCGCUCAAAGGCUCCUGCGACCUAGCCCUCUGCACGUCGGCGGCUGUGCAGGCGUUUGUGCCACACCUAGGCCUGCGCAUAGUGGUGGAACUGAAGAAGGAGGUCAAGGCCAGCAACGUAAACCAGCUGGCCGCGGAGCUCAUCGCAGCUAACUCCGUCAGCCCAAACCUCAAGCCCGUUGCCGUCAUGACGGACCUGGUGCCGAAGUGUCAGUGGCAGCGUGGGAACAGGGGUAAUAAUAUGCAGCUGCACAGCACUCUGUGCACUAGCAGGAGGCCUGCAGCAGCACCACCACCACCACCCGGCCGGCGGGAGCAACUGCGCUUCCUUGCCGCCUUCUAUGUCCUCAGUCUGGCUGGCUGCAUGGCGACCAGCAGACCCGCAAGAGCUAUGGUGGACACGUGGAUCAUCGCGUGGAUCGAGCAUGAAACGAUCAUGAUCCAUCGCUGCCACAGCCGCGCCACGGCCGUAGGCAUACUGCGGGCCUUCCUUGACAAGGAGCACCUCACGCAGGACAGCGCUCACAUUGCGCAGCAGCCAGAGCAGGUGGCAGCCGCCGAGUCGGAGGCGGCGGUGGAGGUGGGCCGGCUGCUCAAGCGCCAGCGGCUGCCGACUGGGGUGGCGGCCGGGCGCGGCAAUGAUGUGGCCAACCUGGAGGACCUGCUGGACUUCACCGAUGACCUGGGUGAGGCGGACAUGUACCAGAUCAAGGUUCACACCCUGCAGCAGAUGCUGCGGGAGCGGUACGCCCCGGUCGCGCCUGCAGUGCCGCCAGCCGGAGACGUGGCUGCUCCGCUGAACAUGAUGUACAUGAAGUUUGUGCUUAUGGAUGCUGACGGCUUCACCCUGCCACGGCGCUAUAAAUACUUUGAGCUAAGCGAGGUUGAUCCCAGAGAUGUGGAGGGGAGGUUGGAGGGCAGCAAGAAGCGGGAGGAUGAAGCAAAACACGAGAAGGUGGAGUGGCUCCGGGAAGAGGUGGACUCGGGGGAGGCAACAUGCGCGUUGGCCUUUGCAGUGCGCACCCGAUCAGAACGGGGCUGCGGCGGCUGCGGUGACGGUGGCGACGGUGAUGAUGUUGAUGGUGGCAGCUACCGUCCGGCUGAGCUGUACCUUGAGGAGCCUGUGACAUCAAGUGACAGUGUGCGGUGA